AUGGCUGCUGCAACCCUGAAAGUGUGCAUUGUGGGCUCCUGGAAUUGGGGAUCGGCUAUUGCAAAAAUAAUUGGGACUAAUGUCAAGAAUCAGCAGAAGUUUGCCUCCACAGUCAAGAUGUGGGUCUCUGAAGAAGCAGUGAAUGGGAAGAAGCUGACAGACAUCAUAAAUCACUACCACGAAAACAUCAAAUAUCUUCCAGGACACAAGCUGCCAGAAAAUUUGGUUGCUGUCCCAAAUCUCAGUCAGGCAGUGCAGGAUGCAGAUCUGCUGGUGUUCACCACCCCACAUAAGUUCAUUCACAAAAUCUGUAAUGAAAUUGCUGGCAGGGUGCCCAAGAAGGCUCUUGGUAUCAUCCACACUGAGGGCAUAGACGAGGGCCCAGGAGGGCUGAUGCUCAUCUCCGACAUCAUCCGAGAGAAGAUAGGGAUGGACGUCAGCGUGCUGAUGGGUGCUAAUACAGCCAGGGAGGUAGCUGCUGGGGAGUUUUGUGAGGCUACCAUUGGUAGCAAAGUCAUUGAGAAUGGUAUUCUCUUCAAAGGGCUGCUACAGACCCCCAACUUCUGCAUCACUGUGGUGGAUGAUGCUGAUGCUGUGGAACUUUGCGGAGCACUGAAACACAUCGUUGCUAUGGGAACCACCUUCUGUGAUGGCCUCCACUGUGGGAACAACAGUAAGGCUGCCAUUAUCCGCCUUGGCCUUGUAGAAAUGAUCACUUUCAUCAGGAUCUUCUGCAAGAGCCAGGUGUCCACGGCCACCUUCCUUGAGAGCUGUGGCUUUGCCAACCUCGUCACUACCUGCUACAGAAGAAGUGACUGUAAGGUGGGUGAGACCUUCCCCAGAACUGUGAAGACUAUUGGGAAACUAGGAAAGGAAAUUCUGAAUGGUCAGACUCUCCAAGGACUUGAGACCUCUGCCUUAGUGUACCAAUUCCUCAAGAAAAGGGGCCUUCUAGCUAAGUUUCCAUUAUUCAUAACAGUGUAUCGGAUCUGCUGUGAAGGCAGACCUCCCACAGAGAUACUAACCUGCCUCCAGAGCCAUCCUGCACAUGUACCAAUAGCAUUUACCACUGGUUGGGACAACUCUGCCUCACCUACAGGAGGUGGAGGGAGGGUAGAGUAG